AUGCCGCUGUGUUUGACUCUGGAGACAACAGGAAGAGGAAGAGGAGGAGCCACAGGGAGGCUCUACCUGAGGGGGCUCUACCUGAGGAGGCUCUACCUGAGGAGGUUCUACCUGAGGAGGCUCUACCUGAGGAGGUUCUACCUGAGGAGGCUCUACCUGAGGAGGUUCUACCUGAGGAGGCUCUACCUGAGGAGGCUCUGCCUGAGGAGGCUCUACCUGAGGAGGCUCUACCUGAGGAGGCUCUACCUGAGGAGGUUCUACCUGAGGAGGCUCUACCUGAGGAGGUUCUACCUGAGGAGGCUCUACCUGAGGAGGCUCUACCUGAGGGGGCUCUACCUGAGGGGGCUCUACCUGAGGCGGCUCUACCUGAGGAGGCUCUACCUGAGGAGGCUCUACCUGAGGAGGCUCUACUUGAGGAGGUUCUACCUGAGGAGGUUCUACCUGAGGAGGCUCUACCUGAGGAGGUUCUACCUGAGGAGGCUCUACCUGAGGAGGCUCUACCUGAGGAGGUUCUACCUGAGGAGGUUCUACCUGAGGAGGUUCUACCUGAGGAGGCUCUAUCUGAGGAGGCUCUACCUGAGGGGGCUCUACCUGAGGGGGCUCUACCUGAGGAGGCUCUACCUGAGGAGGCUCUACCUGAGGAGGCUCUACCUGAGGAGGCUCUGCCUGAGGAGGCUCUACCUGAGGAGGCUCUACCUGAGGAGGCUCUACCUGAGGAGGUUCUACCUGAGGAGGCUCUACCUGAGGAGGUUCUACCUGAGGAGGCUCUACCUGAGGAGGCUCUACCUGAGGGGGCUCUACCUGAGGGGGCUCUACCUGAGGGGGCUCUACCUGAGGAGGCUCUACCUGAGGAGGCUCUACCUGAGGAGGCUCUACCUGAGGAGGUUCUACCUGAGGAGGUUCUACCUGAGGAGGCUCUACCUGAGGAGGUUCUACCUGAGGAGGCUCUACCUGAGGAGGCUCUACCUGAGGAGGUUCUACCUGAGGAGGCUCUACCUGAGGAGGUUCUACCUGAGGAGGCUCUAUCUGAGGAGGCUCUACCUGAGGGGGCUCUACCUGAGGGGGCUCUACCUGAGGAGGCUCUACCUGAGGAGGCUCUACCUGAGGAGGCUCUACCUGAGGAGGCUCUACCUGAGGAGGUUCUACCUGAGGAGGCUCUACCUGAGGAGGCUCUGCCUGAGGAGGCUCUACCUGAGGAGGCUCUACCUGAGGAGGCUCUACCUGAGGAGGCUCUACCUGAGGAGGCUCUACCUGAGGAGGCUCUACCUGAGGAGGUUCUACCUGAGGAGGCUCUACCUGAGGAGGCUCUACCUGAGGGGGCUCUACCUGAGGGGGCUCUACCUGAUCCUUUAG